CAGGCCCAGCACUAUAAGGUAAACUACGUACUUAAAGUAGUCGUGUUAUAAUUGAGAGCGUGACCGCGGGUUCAAGCUGCGGAUUUCCCGCGGAUUUGCGCUUACCUUUGCAACACUAAUAUUGUGGCGGCCAUGUUUGCACAUAUCACGCUGGUACUGUUCAACGUUGUAAUGUGUAAAUCAUCGGCCGAGUUCGUGAUGUUCCCAGGAUUCGAUGCGACUCCUUCCUCUAAUACUUGGACUAAUAGAUAUCACAUAGAACAAUUUGUUGACGAAAUAGACGAAACUUUUCACACUACCACGACGAAGAAGCCAGAAAACAAAUCCACCACUUUGAUGCCCGACUUCGACUGCCCUGAAAACGAAAUUCCUAUCAACAUAGGGACAUACGAGGUGCCCACACAAAGGGACCUGGUCCUUCUGGUCCGGAAGAAUUUGAAUAAGAAGUUUCACAGUUAUAACAGAAAAGCGAUGUAUCUUCUUAGAGACAUCAAAGAGGCAUCAAAAGCAGCCAAUCUUUUAGCAAACAAAUGUGCUGGCAAGAAGGAUAAUUACAGGAAGUGUGUAAAGAAGGUGAAAUACCAUAGCACGACGUUAACAAAGAAGCUGAUGAGCACGGUCGAAGAUCACAAAAGGAACAUCACAUUUUUUACACAUGGUAACGUAUGCAAUAUGGCGGAGAUGGCAAUAGAUCCACUAGUGCUUCUCAAAAUGUUGGCUGCGGAAGAAAUAACGUUAAAUUUUGCACUGCCAGCCUUCUUGAGGCUGUUCAGUGACUGCAGAGUUCAUUGUCGAAUCAACUUACCCCCAGGUACGGUAAAGAAGCCAAAGAGACGGUUAACUGACCAAGCGUUUCUAGUCAAACAUAUUCUCGCCAAUAGCGUAAAACAUUCUAAAAUCAAUAAAAAAAGCCGUUGAAAAUAAAAAAGCGAGAACGCAUUAUUUUGAUCGCGCCAUACCAUCAAGCGAUCGAUCGAGCUUUCAAGAGUUCCACAUACCGCACGCUAGAUGGCGUUACUCUCAAUGAACUUUUGACGUGAACUUGCAAUCAAAUUGAAUAACUUAACCAAAAUAUCUAAGCUUUUUGUGAUGUGAAUAACAAAUAACCGUGUGAAACGAUAAAUGACAGUAAUCAAAUUAUAAUACAAUAGUCGUGAAAUGUGUUUUGUGAUUUUGAAACCUUAACAGAGCCAUCCCAGACUAGCAACCUACAGAAAUUCCUUAGGAUUUGGUAUGUUAUUUUCUAUAUUUAUCUUGAAUUAUACCCUAAUUAAAAUUU